AUGGAAGAACUUUGUGCCUUGAUAGACAAUCGUUCUAAUAGUGACAUCCUUGUUGUAGUCAAUCGAAUUCGAGCAAGCAAUGCAAUAAAGCUCGCUGCAGAAAACAGGAAGAAAAUGCAGAUAUUCUAUGGUGUACUGUUGCAGUACUUCGCAGUUCUAGCUAAUAAAAAGCCCUUGAAUUUCGAGCUGUUGAAUUUGCUUGUCAAGCCCCUAAUGGAGAUGAGCUUGGAGAUCCCCUAUUUCUCUGCAAUCUGUGCUCGACAGCGUAUUUUGAAAACUAGAUCGCAGUUUUGUGAGUCAAUAAAGAGUCAAGAAGGGAGUUGUUGGCCAUCUUUGAAAACAUUGUCGUUGUUGAGGUUGUGGUCCAUGAUUUUCCCAUGCUCAGACUUCCGCCAUGUCGUCAUGACGCCAGCAAUAUUACUCAUGUGUGAAUAUUUGAUGCGUUGCCCCAUCUCAUCUGGUCGUGAUAUUGCUGUUGGCUCUUUCUUAUGCUCCAUGGUUCUCUCUAUCACUAGAGAUUCUCGGAAGUUUUGCCCUGAGGCUAUAAUUUUUCUACGAACCCUGCUUAUUGGCAGCCAGCCAAAGAUUGCCAGACUCUCAUCAAGAAUCUCAGGAAUGGAGGACAACACAAAACAAAACAAAGAGUUUCAUCCCAUCAGAGAGUUAAAGGAACUUAGGCCCCUGCUUAAUAUACGUGAUGAUGUGCCAGAGAUUAGCCCUGCUAGUUUCCUUUCAGUAAUGGAUAUGCCAGAAGACUCGUCGCUUUUUGCCUCGGACAAUUUCAGGGCAAGCGUGCUGAUCACUGUGAUAGAAAAUCUAAAGGGGUUUGUUGAAAUGUACGGAGGGCUCAGUUCCUUCCCUGAAACCUUCCUACCUAUUUCAACAUUAUUGCUAGGGUUGGCAGAACAGGGAAACAUGCCGCCUGGAUUACAGGAGAAAUCGAAAGAAGUUGCUCUCCUCAUAAAGCAGAAAGCUGAUGACCAUCAUCUCCUGCGUCAACCACUACAGAUACGGAAGCAGAAGCCAGUCCCCAUCAAAUUACUUACCCCGAAAUUCGAAGAGAACUAUGUGAAAGGUAGAGACUAUGACCCAGAUCGAGAGAGGGUAGAGAGGAAGAAGUUGAAGAAAGAACUAAGACAGGAAGCUAAAGGAGCAGCUCGUGAAUUACGGAAAGACAACUAUUUCUUGCUGGACGUGAAGGCAAGAGAGAGGGCCCUGAGGGAGGAAGAAAAAAUGGAGGCACACGGUAAGGCAAAGGCAUUCCUUCAAGAACAGGAGAGUGCUUUCAAAUCUGGCCAGUUAGGAAAAGGCAGGAAGCGCAGAAGAUGAGAAUUGGUGAGGUUCUUGCUCCUGUGCUUGAAACAUUUCAUGCUGCUUUCUGGGUGUUGUGUUAAUUUAUUUUUUCGCCUCCAUGGCAAGCUACUAGAGGCAUGAACCAUGAUAGGAAUCCAAAUUUUGGCCUACUCUGAAGUUGUUAAUGCAAUUUAUUCCUAGUUCUGCACAGUGGAAGCGAUGCACCAGAAUGAUACGGAUGUAAAGAAUUAUGACUUAUGAGUCUCAAUGGAAUGCAAACUUCGAAAUGCAGAUUACUAGGGCAGCAUUUUAAACAUCAUUCAGAUUAGACAUAACGGAAAGGGGUAGCACUAGCAGGAGCGAAAACGAUAACAGAUGGAACACAGAGAGGGGGAGGGGUGUCUCUUAUUCUACUACAACAGGAGGAUAGCCUUCUCAUGAAGCUUUCUUCUUCAUCAUCUACUUGUUGCGAAGAUCGCGGAAGUACCCAGAAGGGUUCCUCUCGAAAUCAUCCCUGAGAAUGCGGGCGUCCCUUCCAGGAGCUUUCAUGGUCUUCCCGUUGGUGCUGGUGCUUUCAGAGCCUGAAAAGAGGGAAGCUAUCCCGUAAGCUGCAGCUGCUACCCCGGCCACAGCAGCAACCGCUAGACUUAUGCCGCUGCUAUCCUGAUCUUUUCCUGAUAUCUUAGAUUCCUGCAAAGAUAGUGUUUUUGCGAGUGUUGGCUCUCUCGUAUGAAACUUGACAAGGUUGGACGUGGGGUUGUGAUGGAUUAGGCGCGUUAUUUAUACUGCAACUUUGGCUGUGUUUCGGUAGUUAGUGGGUGUGCUUGCAUGUAAACUUAUUGGCCAAGUAGAUUGCUCUGUAAGUUCCCAGAAGAGCUUUCUGGAAUUGGGAGCUGCUUUUAUGACUUUCCCAACAACUUUUGCUUUUCAAUUACUAUUACUGUUAUUC